AUGAAAGAUGCUGCAGCGGAGUUUUUCGCGCUUCCAUUAGAAGAGAGGAAAAAAUAUAAAGUGGCCUCCAAUGACAUACAAGGAUACGGGCAAGCGAAUGUAGUCUCCGAAGAUCAGAUACUGGACUGGUCAGAUGCACUGAUGCUAAUUGUUUAUCCUUCUCACUAUCGGAAGCUCAACUUCUGGCCACGCACACCCAAGGGAUUUAAAGAGAUAAUUGAAUCAUUUUCCAAUGGAGUCAAAGAAGUUGGAGAGGAGCUCCUGCGUUCAUUUUCUAGAAUCAUGGGUAUGGAUAAGGAUGCUCUUCUAGGCCUGCACAAACAAGGGGCACAGGGAAUGCGUGUGAAUUAUUAUCCCACGUGCAGUAGGCGAGACCUAGUUCUGGGGUUAAGUCCACACUCGGACUCAAGCACCAUAACAAUUCUUAUGCAAGAAGAUGAUACAGAAGGGUUGCAGAUCAAGCACAAUGAAGAAUGGGUUCCAGUUAAACCCGUUCAAGAUGCUCUAGUGGUAAACGUUGGAGAUGUUAUUGAGAUUUGGAGUAAUGGGAAGUACAAGAGUGUUGAACACAGAGCAGUGACAAACCAGAAGAAAGCAAGAAUUUCUUAUGCAUCAUUUAUCAUUCAUCAAAACGAUGUCGAGAUCGAGCAGUUAGAUCAUCAAGUGGGUUCUCAAAAGUUGAUGUACCAGAAAGUCAGGUAUGGAGAUUAUCUAAGGAGCUCCAUGAAAAGAAAAAUGGAUGGAAAGGCACAUACCGAGAUGGCAAAGAUUACAACUUAG